AUAGAUAGAGCGCGAAUCAUGUUCGUACUUUUUCCCUGUCAUACCAAUACCACAAGCAGCCCGGUGAUGUGAUUAUCGUUUCCAGUCCAUACUAUCUUAUCUUAGUCCACGCCAUUUAAUAUUCAAUAUUCAGUAAUCAGUAUUUAGUAUUUACAUUAACCGUCAAUGAGAGCAAUGGCUUUGCUAAUUUACGCAUACUGCAGACUUCUAAAUACAACCAUAUUAUAAAGUAUGAUAAUUAAUCCAUAGUUUAUAGUCACAGUGUUUAUACUGUUAAUCACGGAAACGUGAAAUACAAAUAAUUAGUUGAAUGCCCAUGUUUUGUAGAUAUUUAACUUGAAUAGCGGACCACGGAAUAAUAAAUAAUAUAAUAUUGAGUGUACUAAAUACUAAUACCGUUAUAUUAUUUUUGUUACAUAACCGUUUUUCCAAAAAAAGUUUAAAAUUAACUUUAUUGUAAACGGUAACUCGUUGUUAAUCUUUAUUUGUACAUCAAUUCAUCUUAUCUUUAUUUUUAUUGGUCUUGUACAUGUUGUAAGUUCGUUUAUUGAACAAUGGACAUUAAUAGUGUGCAUCGCGCUGACUGGGAAAGGAGAAGAAAAAUACGACUAACCCAGGUUAGAGACCAAUCUAAAGCAUUAGCUAAAACAAUACGCGAUCGUGUCCAUGGAGCUGUUGAAAUUCAGCAGGAACGUUGUGAGACAGCAAGAAAUAUAACAGAACAUAAAUUUAAAUCGCUUGCACUGAACAAGUUGAAAAGUGAUUUUAAUUAUUUAAUACAAGAUGUUGGUAAUGGUUACUCUGUUGCAUCAGCUCAAAACAAUCCAAGUGUAGUAUUAGCCGAGAAACGAUUGAUAGACCGUUGUAAAGCAAUAUCAAGGGGUGCUGAAGCAGAAAAACGACAACAACAGAUCCAAGAAAAACAACAGAUGGACAAAGACAUGAGAGAUAGAAGAAUACAUUUCAAUAAAACUGUUGAAAAAAUACGGUCAAAACUAAUAACAAGUGUACAAAAUGUUGAUGAUGAUAGUACUCACAAAUAUAAUAUCAAAGGACACAAUGAAUGUUUCUUAAUUCCAAGUCAAGUAACUUUGAAUGAAUCAAAUAUUAUGAAUCAAAAUUUUAUUAGAAAACCAUCAAAACCUUGGUCAAUGGUUAUUAGUUCUAAAGAAAAUCAAACUAAAAAAUUACCACAGUCAACCACAUACAAUGAAAAUAAAGAAAAUAUAAAUGACGUAUCCAAAUUCUCAAAGUUAGAAACAGAUAUGAAAACUUAUGAAACAUUAAUUUUAGAGUUAAAGAAAUUAUCUGCUGAAGAACAAAAUAUAAGAAACAAAUUAUUUCCAAAUAGCUUGAAAGAAGUGCCUAUAACAUGUCAAAAUAAUGUACAUUUAGAGUCUCAAGAAAAAACUCAACCAAAAGAAAUUAAUAGAAAAAAACAAUUAUCAAAUGGAAGGAUCAAGUCAAAUGAAAUUAAAAAACAGAUAACUGAAAUAAGACUUAAUGAGUCAAGUACAUCGACAUCUAUAUGUAUAUCAUCAUCUACAUCAACCAGUACAAAUUAUGAGCAACCUACAAAUAAAACUAUUCGUUUUGAAAAAGAAAACAAAAAAAAGAAUCAACAACCAAGUAAUAAGUUGAAUCAUAAAGAAAAAAUGUCUUCUGGAAAACCUUUGCAAAAUAUAAAUAAUACAUUGCAACGAAUAAAAAACAAAAAACAACUUCUUGUAAAAGAAAUAACUGCUGGUACUAGUGUAAAAUCAUCUGAUGCUGAUAUUAAAAAAAUGAAGACGGUUCCUACAAGUUUUAAAAGUUCACCUAUACUUAAAAGAUGUUGUGCUGGUGGUAAUUCACAUAAAGAAAUUCCAGUAAAUUAUGCUCAACUUCCAGAUUCCUUUUACGAUAAUCAACUUGAUAUCUUAAAAGAACAAGUAUCAAAAAAAAAAAUUAAAAGUCUUGAUUUCAAAAGCCAUGUGUCAAUAAAUUCAAAUCUAAUGACAUACAUAAAUACACUAUUAAAAAUGUCACCUUCAGAUGUAGAUAAUUUGUCAAUUUCGUCUUGUUCAAGCGUUAAAUUGGAGGAUAGUAUUUUACAGCAUUCAGAAAGAGAUUUUUACUGCAAAAUGUUGAACUGUAUAUCAAAAUGCUUAAAUUCAGAUAUAUCUGACAUAAAUCAAGAUACAGAGUUUACUUCACCCAAAAAUAUAAAAUUAUUAAAUAGACUACAACAGUUAACAGAUUAUUAUUUAGAAAAAACCCAUGAAAUGAAAAAUAUUUGUAAUGAAAGUUCUCAAAUUUUAAGUGAUACAUUAAAUGCAAAAACUCAUAAGACUGAUUCUGAUACUAUUAAAGAAAAUAGUUCUAUCAAUUUAUCUUCAGACUCAUCAGUUGAUGAAGAAUAUAUAUUAGCAAAUUUAAAUAAACUAUUACAAAAAAAAGGGAUUAUUAAUUCUGACAAAGAAUGGCCUGUGUUCAAACAUGAUGAUGGUGAUAGAAGUGUAACUGACCAACUUUUAGAUAUACACCCAUAUAAAUCACAUGAUAUGUGAUACAUAAUUUUAAAUUACUGAUAGUUUAAAAAAAAUUUAAAGGUAAUUAUUUCAAUAUUUUUUUAUCAAUUUAAA